CCCCGAACACAAGAAUAAGGACCAGAUCUGUUCCCGAUUGGCCGCCUGCUUGGUAUUUUUCACAAUUCAAAUUUUCUUUCUUGUAAUCUCCUUUUCUUUUUUCCUUUUCUCGUUGGGGUUUAACCAGAAACUGAGGAGAGGAUUGAAUCCAGCAACGAAGAGGGGGAAUCGAAAUCGAGGAGAUGGAUUUGGAUCAGUGGAUAUCGAAGGUGAAGGAAGGGCAGCAUCUAUUGGAGGACGAGCUUCAGCUUCUCUGCGAAUACGUGAAAGAUAUCCUUAUUGAAGAGUCCAAUGUACAGCCUGUCAACAGUCCGGUCACUGUUUGUGGUGAUAUUCAUGGCCAGUUUCAUGAUUUAAUGAAACUCUUUCAGACUGGAGGUCAUGUACCAGAGACGAAUUAUAUAUUUAUGGGUGACUUUGUUGAUCGAGGUUACAAUAGUCUUGAAGUUUUCACCAUUCUUUUGCUUCUGAAAGCAAGAUACCCUGCCAAUAUUACUCUUUUACGCGGAAAUCAUGAAAGCCGACAACUAACUCAGGUAUACGGUUUCUAUGACGAGUGUCAGAGAAAGUAUGGAAAUGCUAAUGCAUGGCGGUAUUGUACGGAUGUUUUUGACUAUCUUACGCUGUCCGCGAUUAUAGAUGGAACUGUGCUUUGUGUCCAUGGUGGUCUUUCACCUGACAUACGGACUAUUGAUCAGAUAAGGGUAAUUGAAAGGAAUUGUGAAAUUCCACAUGAAGGGCCAUUCUGUGAUCUCAUGUGGAGUGAUCCUGAAGAUAUUGAAACAUGGGCAGUAAGUCCACGUGGAGCAGGUUGGCUGUUUGGGUCCAGAGUUACUUCUGAGUUCAACCACAUAAACAAUCUGGAUCUAGUUUGCAGAGCACAUCAACUUGUACAAGAGGGUCUUAAAUACAUGUUUCAAGAUAAAGGCCUAGUGACUGUGUGGUCUGCGCCAAAUUACUGUUACCGUUGUGGGAAUGUAGCUUCUAUAUUGAGCUUCAAUGAGAAUAUGGAGAGGGAAGUGAAGUUUUUUACUGAAACAGAGGAGAACAACCAGAUGCGAGGGCCGAGGUCAGGGGUGCCAUACUUCUUAUGAUCUGCGGGAGCCAUCGUCUGGAUCAAUUGUAAAAUCACCCUAUUACUGUGGCUGGCUUUUAAGGAAAGAAGUAAUGAGAAAGAUUGGAUAGAUCUUAAACUUCAUUGUUUGCAGGAGGAAGAGAUGGUGGGAAAUUUUUUCUGUAAAGUCCAGGCUGCGUUCCGGUUGUGGGUCGUGUAUGAUGGUUGCAAUAUGUUAACUUGCAUAUUUAUCGAUUAGUUUUUUUCUUUUCUUUUCUUUUCUUACUGGUAUGUUCUUCCUUCAACAUGCUUUUUUAAUUCGUGGGUUGUGUAUUAGUGUAAUUUUUUUACUUUUCCAACUAUCCUCCAUUGCUACAUGUUUUACAUUCCAGAAUUUCUUUUGUUUUUUCUUUUUUUUUUUGGAAGUGUUAAAAUAGUUCUUGCA